AUGCCCUCUCUUGUCAUUAUGCGUAUACAACACUACUUCCAGCAAUGUUUAUUCAUUACACACGUUCACCAAUUUCUGAGCCGCGCCAUCGAGCUCUUCGUUAACCUUAUGCGACGCUUUCGUCCCUCAUCACGGGUUCAAGAUGAUGAAGAAAAAGCAUCGGCAACGACAUAUGAAGUUCGCUCUCUGCAGCCGGUUGGCGAAUACAUUUGUGCUAGUCAACUGCCGCCGAGCUUGAACGCAGAUAACAGACCCAGUGAAUCAUGUUCCCCAUCAGACACUCCCUAUGACGCACCUACUACUACUACUACUACGCGUAUUGUAAUACCUCGUCGCCCAACCAGGCAACACACAUGUCAUGACGUCAUGUCCAGCCCUGAACGUUUGACAGUGCCGAAUCCGCCAGAGGUGAGGGAGCCCUUGCACGACCGCACACCACCUACUCCCACUUCUCCUACAUCCUCAACUCGUCCUCCUAUUUCUGUGAACACCAGGUUUAACAAGAACUUUCUGAGUGGCUACCCAGAGCUUUCUCAGAUUUCACCGAGCCAGCGGACGCCUGUGUCACCAGAUGAAUUUGUUCAACGACCUAUUCUUGCUCGUGCAGCUACAUUCGGUGGUAGCUCAGAUGAACCGUUGUCCGCCACACGAUCUUUUCUGAACCCCCGUCGGCAUACACUGGCAGUGCCAAACUCCCCAGACCGUGAACCCAUAAGCCGACCAGGCAGUGCCCAGUCAAACGUGUCUAUUGGUCGAAAUUCGUAUCGAAAACAUGAUGGACAAGCCCCACGCCCUCGCUCCCCCACUGCAAGCCUUUACGAAAGCUCAUCGAAUAUGUGUGGCAUCUCUUCCCCUACCCUCGCCGUGGCUACAGCGCAGGAUGCUGAUGGCUCACAUAUUCCCUUUGCUCCGCGCGCUUCAUCUUCAAGCCAUGCACAUUCGAGAGACACUACUGGACCACGUUUUGCUCCGAUGGCAGCAAAUGGAGUCAAACGUUUUGAUCGACAUUCCCGGGAAUUUGCCAUGAUCGAUCCCUCAAUAUCUGACUACAAGAUCAAAGCUUACCAAACUCAAUACCCCAGUCACGACGGAAACCUUCCUGAAGGAUGGACGGCGCAUGUACACCCGGAGGGUGCCCGCUAUUUCCUGCAUGCACAGACAAGAACAUACACGGAGUCAGACGUCUGUUCGCCGGAGAUAUUGAACGAUAUCAUCUACUUCUCAAACUAUCUACACGGAGAACUCCGCCACGCCAUUGACACCAAGAUGAUUGACAUUGACUACGACGAUGUGGAACUAGUGCUCGAGCCGAAGAAAGCAGUGUGUGCGGAUAUCAUAUGCUGCUACUACUUCGUCAACCCUUCAGAAAGGUGUCUUUUCUGGUUAGAUGAAUAUGAUGCAGAGGAUAUGCUAGGGGAAUGUCGGGGGGUUACCGCUUUAUCUCACAAACGACUGGCAGUUCAAGGCUCAAUACUGGUGUGUAUCACUACUGAGUCUAGAUUUCCAAAAAUUAACGAAUUUGCGCAUGAUAUAUUGGAUGAGCUCAAGGAACUUAUGCUCCAUGCCACUUGCGAUCACCUCACAACCACACGAUCUGCAGCAGCGUUAAGCGCCGAUGAACUCAAGCAGUACUUUGAAAUUGUAAAGUGGAUAAGAGUGAACUCAUCUGGCGAUAGAGCGCAUGUAGUGGUCAUCAUAGGGCGACUUAUGCACACCUUCUGUCGCAAUCAGUACUUGAACUUCCACGGUCAACCAUGUGCUCGGUUAAGUGUCGACCAGACAGUGCGCGGUUGGAGCUAUAAGCCAUCGAUUUACAUGACUAUAUUUGCUCCACUCCUAUGCAUGGCCCCCGUUGCUCACGUGAGGUCUUUGCACACCAGCUUUGUAGAUGAUCUCGCAAGUACUUCGGAGUGGAAGAUAUUCAUCACGAAACUGAAUGGGCAACUCCAGAACCUAAAUCUUCUUGGUACAGUACUCCUUGGUGCCAAUGUUGGUUUUCUGGCAAUCCAAUCAGUCGACUCAGGCACCGGGCGUUCUCCGACGCAGAUAGCUAGUUACGUGUCGCUGGUCCUUAGUUUCGGCUCCAUUGCCCUGGGUCUGACGUUCAUCACUCUGGAUCUCACUGGCAGGGAUCGUGGUUCUGAGGCUUCAAGGUUUUUGCAACGGAUGAAUGACGGAAAACACGGUCUGGAAAAGUUGGCAAUGAUCUACAGUCUCCCUUAUGCGUUGCUCAUGUGGAGCAUGCUCUUUUUCAUUGUGGCAUUCUCAUACGAAUGGUGUAAACCUGGAGAUGCGGUUUCCAGGUCUAUCGUCGGCGGCGUACUAUUUACUGUCUGCGCGCUCGUCGUCUGGUGCAUAUCCGCGGCAUCUGAUAAGCGUGCGCCCUGGUGGUGGGAGUCAGACCAGCCAGAAGUGGUCAGCAGAGUGACUAGCGAAGUGACCAAGACGCGCCCGGAUAAUAAGCGUCAUACUAGUCUGGCUUCUCGUUUGCGCGGCUGGUUUGCCGCCACAAAGAAACGAGUCUCAGUGGUCUCUGUUCGCAGUGUAUGCAGCGGACCACCGCCUCAUACCCGAGAGGUGACUCGGAUAUCCGUACCGCUCAUCUCAUUCAGGCGCGCGACAGUGAGCCGGCAGGAUCCACCCAAAAUUACCGUGACCCAGAGACCUGAAUCAGGGGAAGUAAAUGGCGCGAGCCGCACCCCGGUAUCAGAACUGGGAGUAGGCUAUAUGGGAUUUAUUUGA